AUGAAAGCAACCCUUGUUCGUCGACAUGAGUAUCGACAGUAUAUAUGCACGUCUUUUACCCUAAAUGGUUGCAACUCCCUGCAUUUGUCAGGACAACCGCAGAACAUCAGUCAUCACGACCUACCACUCAAGAAGAGUGCGACCGCUUUGAGGCAGGAGAACUCUGUUCGAUCCAUUUCGAGUUGCCUAACACAGUUCAGAGCGCUUUUCACAGCAGACUCGCCUAACGCUCGAAAUGAUGGCACAGCUUGCGUCCAAAGCAAGGAAAGUUCCAUGAUCUUACUAGGAUUGGUGAACAAGUUAUUGAAGUGCAUUGUGAGGUCGUCUGUUCAGAUUCAAACAUCGCGUCAGAAUUCUAAGCCAAAAUAG